GAUCAGGAGAAACCUAGUGCUACCUUGAAGGAAUUCAUUCAAUGCUCAACUACUUAACUUGUGACUUAAGCGAAGUUGAAAUAUGAGUAAUCCUCGUCUUCUAAAGUACUUGACUCAUGCUAAAAGAAUUGGCGGUAUACUGAGCUUUGUACCUUGACACUGCUGUGGGGUCACACAGUCAGCAUUUAUAUAAAGAUUUGAAGGAAAAUAAUUGAGCUUAAGUAUUAAACUGAUAAAAACAGGGAUAUCUAGAGAGUAUCCACUGUGUAUCCACACACACCUGCUUCUUUCUCUCCAGGAUUUUAAAUCAAAGCAAGUCUUUGUGUGAGCUGCAGCAGGGAGCUAUGUCAAGUUCUGCCUGGUCUGGAGAACUCGCUGUCCCAGCACACAGUCAGCUUUACUGCUUCUAUAGUGAAUCACACAAACCCUAUCUGCACUGGAGUCCUCUAGCUUUUCAGUGUAGAUAGGACUGUUGUUACAUCUUCCUUCUCAGUACUACUGGCUGAUAUCUCAUUAAGUCCUGUGUAUUUUGCUUAAUUUAGAACCAGCAUCUUGUAUUUGAAAUAGGGUGAAAGUAAAUUAGUGGUGGGAGAGUUCAGCACAGGUGAGACUUGAGUGGUUUUCUUCUGUUUCCUCCAUGGUACACUGAUGGCCUUCCUGUAUUUUGGUUGCAGAAGACCUCGUGGUCAUCCUCUGUCAGUUUUGUGUGGUAAGCAGGCAGCGUUGGUGAACAUCAUCUCUUCUGAAGCCGUUCAGUUUCUGUUUUUCUCUUAAAUAUUUUGGUGUUUUUUCAACCCUGCUUAUUCUGUUGUUUCAUCACUUCUAAAACUGGGUGGCAUGCUGCUUUGCUUAUGUAACCAAGAGAACAGGUGGCUUUUUUUAAAGCCUUUGAAUUUAUAUGUCACCUGCUAGUUUAUGUUGAAAUAUCUGGCUUUGUGCACCUUUCUAUCCCUGUCCCUUUUGAUUUAGCUGAAUUGCAUAGCAAAGGAGAUAAGUUUCUCUUACUUCAGUUUGCCACGAGUUCAGAAACCCAUACAGAUAGGGAAGGUUAGUGAGUUUUACAAGCUGUCUGAAGAGACUGCUGCUUAAGGGUGUUUACUUAGAUUUUUAUGAUGAAUCUCCAGUGGAGAUUACUUUGGUGUGAUGCCAUCUAGAAAAGCAAAGUAAAUAACAGCAGCAGUUGGUCCAGUACAGGGUUUGAGAAAGGACUGAGAAAUAAUGAUUUCAAAUUACAAUGUAGAGAUAGUUGCUGUGAAGCAAGUUGGGGGAGAGGGGACAGUUCUAUAGGUAGGUGUUUUCCUUUAAAUAUACUGACUUUGGAGAUGUGCAGUGUUUACUUAUAGUACAAGCUACAGUGGCACUGUGACUGUAUACAUGUUGAGGUGAUGUCCAUCCUGAGAUCCCUACUUCUGGCAUUGUGGGCUUCUUGUGUCAGUGGCAUCAGAUUUUUCUGUUGCUUAUCCAUUUGCCUGGCCUGAUGGUGGUACUUCAUACCCUGCUGACUCUUGGCAUCAUCUGCUCAUGAGCCAUGGAAUGCUUAAUCACUUCUCCCCUUGUUCCCCACCUACACUCUGAAAUGUACCGUGGCAGCUUUGGGUCAUUAGACUUCAGUCCAUUGCUUAAAGGAAGUUUGAGUACUCUGUUGUGACAGAUAUAACAUGAAGAUGGCUUUGUAAAUUUAGGUUAUAAUUCUGCUUAAAAAUAAGGUUUUUUUCUGAUGCUAUGAAGCUUUGGCUGGAUGCUUUUCGUAUUUCCAGAAGUGGAGAGUGCAUGUGGUUGUGGCUAAUGAUGUGAGAACUGUGGUUCUGUGAUGUUUUUUUAAUUGUGUGCAAGCCUAUUUGGUGGAGAGGGGGUGAUGCUGUCUUUGCCAGUGUGUCUGCUACAAGGUCUCAUAGCACAGCUAUGGGGGAAAGCUUUUAUCCAAACGUGAUGCAAACCGUUUAUUGUUGAAAGAAACUGACGUAAUUGGUUGCAACUGACAAAUUAUUGUCUAAUGGGUGGUGGUUGGGUAUGUCUGGUAUUCAAUAUACUGCAUUUAUCAUAUUAACUUCUGUUAACAGAAUGUUUACUCCUCUUUCAGAAGCUUAUGUGCCUCAGAGUCACUUAUCUCAAUACUCUUCACUCUUAAAAUCCACUCUACUUUGAACAAGUCUUUGUUAAAUGUGUGCACUCCAGAAGCAUUACUCCCUCUCUCCCUUUCUUCUCCCCCUUUCUCGACUGUGUAGCUACGCUUUGCAGCCUAAAUAUGUUCUUUUUCUGUUCCAGCAGUGAUUUUUAUCUCGUGGGACCUAAACGAGCCAGUCUGUUUGCUUACAAUACCACCCUAGACACACACUUCUGUCCUGUGCUCUAUUUCUGGUAAAAGCCCAAAUGUGACAGUUUCUAGGUGACAAGAUACAGUUUCUUUUUUCCCUUAUUGUCAGUAAAUUUUCUCUAAAGCCCAACUUAGAGAGUAUUUCCUGUAGUUCUGUCAUUUAGUUUCCUUUAGAAGUGUUUUGAAAUUGUCUGAAAAUAAAGCCUCUUUGUUCUCCAUUAAUAGAAGAAUGGCGUGGCUUGGCCCAAGCUGUGUUUUAUGAAAUAUAACGUUAAUAGUGCAUCUGCAUAGGGAGUUCUUUGUGGUCUGGGAUUUACAAGAGUUCUGUUCAUUUUCCUUAAGGAGACCGAAAAGACAGGUGGUUUGAAAUGGCAUGGUACUGACUUAAAGUGUACCAAGUUGUCGGUGCAUGUCUGUAGUAUUAGGCCAGCAGCCUGUAGAAGGUUGUGUUCCCCCUUAGAUUGUGCAGACAGUGGGAAGCUCAUAGAGCAUUACUUUCAUUGUGAAUUACCUUUCGUUGGCUGGGAAAUACGUAGCAGAGAGUGAAGAUUUUUAUGAUAUAAUGGGUUGCCUGAUUGACACAGCCCAAGGCAGAAUGUGUCAAGAACAUCUCUAAUGAGUAGAAUGUAUGUACUUGUCAGUGGAGGAGAAAGAGAAGAUUGCAUGUUAUAGAAACAACUUUUUUUUCCCAUGGUCAGUGAAUGGAUUCUGAGUUGAGAACUUGUUUUUGCUUUGUGACUGAUAAUAGGCAGAAUGAAGCAGAAGAGGAGAGCAGGAAGAAGAAAAUGCUUUAACUUUGCAGUUAAAAGGAUAGAUCUUAACUCUGUUAAUACCAAGAAAAUAUAGAAUUCUUAAAUUUUCAAAUGGUGUUCUUCUAGUUCAGUUGAAUAGAGGGAUUAGGAUGGUGGUUCAAUGUAGGUAUUGUUUGAAAUUUUUUUUAUUCAUAGUCUUGUUAAUAGAGUUGUACCUGUAGAAGCUCUCUGUUGCUAGCAUGUGUUCUGAUACCUAUGCAUUUAUUAAUAGGAAUGUCUAAUCACGUUACACACUUGUUUUAUAUAUACACUAAUAAAUCUUGGAUUACUAAGCAAUCAAAUAAAUGUUCAGAGAUAUCAUCACUAGCUCUGCUGGUAAUUCUUUUUCUAUUUCCCUGUAAAAAUACAAUUAUAAACAAGUACCUAACUGACAUAAUGCAAUGCAUCAUCGUAGUAAGGAUAUAGUACUGUAGUUAUAUAUGCACAUUAUUUCAGAGUUCAAACUAACAUGGUGUAGCACGUUAUGUGCUCAGGUUGCAGAAGUGAGAGCAAAUCUUGUCUAAGAAAAAGAGCUGCUUGACUUGUCUGCUUAGCAGCUGGAUUUAAUGGGACAAGUUAAGACCUUUAUCUUACUAGCUGGUAGUUUACAGAUCAGGUCUGUACUGUUAAAGUAGCUAAAUAUUAAACAUUAUUUGACUAGAUUUUUAAGUCAUUUAAAACCUCGAGAUAGAUUACGUGCAGACAAUGGAAUGUAAAUGGAUAUAAUCUAGAUGAAUUCCAAUAGACUGUAAGUUUUGACUUCUUACAUGCAGUAGUUCUGCAAGCAUUUUUGUACAUUAAGACCUUAUCUAUGAGUAGCCCCUGAGGCCAGGGCUUAACAGUCUCUUACAGUGCCUGCUACUAAGCUACCUAGAAGAAUUUUUCUUUUUUUGUCACUUUACAGGAUUAUGUGUCAAGGUAUUUGAAGUUCACCAUAGAUCAAUACCUAUCUUGUAGCAGAUGCUUCACUGAAGAGCUUGAAUGUCUGUCACAUUAGGGUUUUUAUCACCUGAUUAGCAGGGUAUAGAGAAUGUUUCUCUGUUCUAAAGACAGUGAGUGAAAAAAGCACUGCUCAUUUCCGGAGUCUUUGCUUGCUUUCACAUAUGACUGUGAGACAUUUCUUCCUUUAGAAGUUGCUGUGUUGUUCAUCGUAUCUGCAGGCUAUCAAAAUCUUCCUGAUUUUAAUCCCAGUCAAUUUUGCUACCAGCAAUUUGGCAGACAAGCACAUCUCAGUUACAGUAGUAUGAGAGAAGGUUGCAAGCCUUAUAGUUAUAGCCAUUAAUGUUCUGUGUGCUGUGGCAGAAGUUAAACUACUUCUUUAAGUACUAAUGCAAUAUUUAAAUUGGAUAUAAUAUGCUGAUGCAGAUGUAAACUUAAUUGUUGCAAAUCCUGUGAGAUAAUGGAGGAGGACUGUGUGCUUCUUUGAAAAACACAUCAGCAAAGAUCAAAACAGUCUCUAUGAAAGAAGAAAAAGCAACCAACCAAAGUUUUGCUUUUUGUGAAUGUGACAAUUCCGUAGUGUAAAAACACAGUGAGGCAUUUGGGUAGGUUGUGCUCAGUUCCACGGGGCUGCAGGGGAGGCUGGCUAGUUGGGUGUUCCUCCUCCUCAUAUCACAAAGUUUUGAAUCGGGCGUUACCUCUUGCUUUGCUUUCUGUUUCUGUGCUGUGGGAAGACGCAGACAACUGCCUUCUGGGCUUUGUGCAGUAGGGCAGGAACCUGCUACAGAUGUGUGCAAGCAGGGAGGUGUGGGACCAGCUGGGUGGAGGCCUGCUCAGACCCUCUGUGUGAGUGCUAGGCCUGGCAGGGAGCCUCACGGCCAGGGCAACUUGGCACGUGUUACACCGAACGUGCAGCACUCUACGGAAAUGACUGGGUAUUCCAGGCAUGUAAGCAGGCACGCUGGGGCUGGGCCAAUCUUGAAUGUGGUAACUGGAGAAGUUUCUGCCCUGGGCAUUUUACGGAGACUUGGUGGUGGUUACAUCCUGUUGUGGUGCAGGCAGCAGAGGGCUGUUGUGCUGGUGUCAGACCUCACAGGGAAGUGAUGGAAGAGCGGGGUACUUCUGCUGUGUUGCUCAGGUGUUCGGUCACUGAGGAAGGAGCAGAGCAGCUGGUUGAAGCUGGAGAAUGCAGUGCGUAUCUGGCAGCACUUGGCUUUCACUGAUUCCUAGGCGCAGGCCUGCCUUCGUGCAUUAAUAACAUAGUGCUAAGUGAAGCAGUUGGUUUGCAUUUUUCAUUGUUUAUGGCACCUUCUGAAGGUAGUGUAAAAUACACUAAGAUCACCAAGAUAUCUUUUCUCCAUGCAGUAUUAGGUGAGAAAGUGAAACCACAAUUUCAUUAUUUCCCGAAAUUUUGGAAGAGUCAUUUAUAGCAAUAUGUAAGAUAGUAGAAGCUGGAUGCAAAACAUAGAAAAACCACCAGCUACUGUCUAAUUAGGUACCUGGCUUGAGAUCUGCUAUAUUUGCAUGUGUGGUGUGAAUUGGUAGCAUUUCAUUUCAGCUGGCUGCAGCUAGGCUAGUGGGGUUGAUGUUGUUAAGCUACUUUAGCAUGAAGGGUUUUGUGUACAAAGCAGGAGCUUUUUCUUGACAAUUGUUACUGCAGUUUUCUGUCUGGUCUUAUCUACUAUAUUUUGGUGCCUGAGGUGGAUGUGACAAACUUGGACUAUGCAGGAGACCUAUUUGAUGGUCAGGGUGGACUGGCAUUAGCAGUUACUCCAAUAUGAAGAUAAAUUCUGAUCCUAUGGUUAAGUUUUAUUUCUAUUUAAAAGAUAGUAGUUCAAAUAUGAAAACUUGUCCUAUUUAGUGGCAGAAGGAGAAGAAUUGUUUAGGGCAUGAACAGCUUCACAUAGAUGUGAGUGGAUAGAUGUAAUUAUAUAGUAUAUUAUAUACAAAUAUAGUAUAUUAUAUACAGUAUAUUGGCAUUGGAAAGGCUGGGAAUGCUUUUAAUGUAGUAACUUGUAUUCUGGGCAGCACUGAAAUGUAGAGCAGGUCUGGAAAUACUGAAUGCUCAUAAUGUACUCUUCAUGCUUUACCAGAUCAGUGCAGUCACUGUUUGAAUUCCCCACGCAUUAAUUCAAAACCUACACUUUGUUCACAGUUGAUGACGGCCCAUCGUACAUGGAGUCAGUGGUGUUUUAUUGCUCUGUAAUUACCUGAAUUAUGCAAAUGAUUUUAUUUCUUCUUCCAGAGAGAUUAGUCUUAGUCUGUAAUAUUAAUUCACAGUUGUAUUGCUGAAGGAAAUAACAAGAUGAAAAAUUGGUAUUCUUGCUAAUACACGGUUUCUGUUUUUCACCUGUUGCUGUCUUAGGAAGAGAGAUACCAUCUGGUUUGUUGACUGGACUGGAAAUUUUAGAUUUCUGAAGGAAUAUGAUGGAGGAGUAUUCACCAGGAAUGCAGAGCACGCUGGAGCCAGUCGGUCUGUCAGAGGAGGCCUCUUACCACUCCUCAGAUAGCAAGAAGUCAUGUGAAACAUCGGGAAUGAAGGACUGCUCAAGCAUCAGUUGCACUGGAGAUGAUGUUGGUGUUUUGGAAGCAGAACCGAGGUUGUUGUCUUCAGACCGGGAUUCAGCAGCUGCUGACAUGAGUGGUGGUGGAGGCCUGACAGAAAGGCAGGAGCAGCAGUGUGCUCCUCUUGACCACAGUGAAGGGCAGGACUGCGGUGCCAAUACCUGUUCUGAAAUAAGGGUAGAAGGCUCCAUGGAAACAGGGUGCUUAUCUAAGGAAGAAUUUGGACAAGAUCCAAAAACUAAUCAGACAGAACAAUCAUUAAUAGAACUACUGCAGGAGCUAAGGGAGGAAUCGGACCUUGUGAGAAAAUCUGGUGAUAAAAUCUAUUCGGAAAGCCCUUAUGACACAGACUGCACAAAGAAGCUUAUUUCCACAAUACAACAGACUUCUUCACAGGAGGAUUUGCUGAAGGAAAUAGAAUCUGAACUCUUAUCUACAGAUUUUUCCAAAGAAUGCAAAUGUCCAAAUGGUGUGAGGAAGGGUGAACAUGCCUUGGCUGUGUUUGAUAAAUGCGUGCAAGAUAAAUACCUGCAGCAGGAGCAAACUAUAAAAAAAUUGAUUAAAGAAAACAAAAAACAUCAAGAACUGAUUUUGGAAAUCUGCUCGGAAAAGGACAACUUGAAAGAUGAAUUGAAAAAACGGUCAGAGACAGAAAAGCAGCACCUUAACAUUAUUAAACAGCUAGAAGCAAGAAUAGAAGAGCUUAAUAAAGAAGUGAAAGCUAAUAAAGACAAACUUGUAGCUCAAGAUGCAGCAGCCAAAAAUGCUAUUCAACAGUUGCAUAAAGAGAUGGCCUUUCGAAUGGAACAGGCAAAUAAGAAAUGUGAAGAAGCACGCCAUGAGAAGGAAACAAUGGUGAUGAAAUAUGUCCGAGGGGAAAAGGAGUCACUUGACCUCCGAAAGGAAAAAGAGAUACUUGAGAGAAGAGUGAGAGAUGCAAACAAAGAAAUUGAAAAGCACACUAAUAAAAUUAAGCAGCUUUCUCAGGAAAAAGGAAGAUUGCACCAGCUCUAUGAAACUAAGGAUGCUGAAGCCACUCGACUCAACAAAGAAAUUGAAAAAUUGAAAGAGGAAAUCAAUUCUCAUAUUAUCAAAGUAAAAUGGGCUCAGAACAAAUUAAAAACAGAAAUGGAUUCUCACAAGGAAUCCAAAGAGCGCCUCAAAGAUGCAACCACAAAGUUGACUCAAGCAAAAGAAGAGGCAGACCAAAUAAGAAAAAACUGUCAAGAAAUGAUAAAAACCUAUCAAGAAUCAGAAGAAAUUAAAUCGAAUGAAUUGGAUGCAAAAUUCAAAGUAACUAAAGGAGAACUAGAGAAACAAAUGCAGGAGAAAUCUGACCAGUUGGAGGUGCCUCAUGCAAAAAUAAAAGAACUGGAAGACUUGAAGAGAACUUUUAAAGAAGGCAUGGAUGAGCUUCGAACACUGAGAACAAAGGUAAAGUGUCUAGAGGAUGAGCGUUUAAGAACAGAAGAUGAAUUAUCCAAGUAUAAAGAAAUCAUUAAUAGGCAGAAAACUGAAAUUCAGAGUUUACUGGACAGAGUCAAAACUGUAGAUCGUCUGCAGGAUCAACAUCAGAGAGAUGAACAAGAUAUCAGUGCUCUAAAGGAAGAAGUAGAUGGUCUCAAUUCUCUUAUCGCUGAUCUCCAGAAAGACAUUGAAGGUAGUCGGAAAAGAGAAUCUGAGCUAUUGAUAUUCACUGAAAAAUUAACCAGUAAGAAUGCACAGCUUCAGUCUGAAAACAAUUCCUUACAGAGCCAAUUGGAUAAGCUUUCUUACAGUGAAAGAGAGCUGCAGAAUCAGCUGGAAUGUGUUCAGCAGGCUAAAGAUGAUCUGGCCACCAAGUUGCAGAAGGAGGAGGAUCAAAGAAAGCUGGAGGUUGAGAUGCUACAGGCUCAGCUAGCUUCAGAGCAGAAAGAACUGACAGCGCUGAAGACCCACGUGGAUGAACUGAAAGAUGAACUGACUACACAGAAGCGCAAGCAUGCAGCAAACCUGAAAGAUCUCUCAAAACAGCUUCAACUAGCACGGAGGAAAUUGGAUCAGAUUGAAAACGGUAAUUAUGACAAAGAAGUCAGCAGCAUGGGGAGCCGUUCCAGUUCAUCAGGGUCCCUUAAUGCACGCAGUGGCAAUGAGGAUCGGUCUCCAGAGAAUACUGGAUCUUCAGUGGCUGUGGAUAGCUUCCCAGAGGUGGACAAGUCUGUCUUGGUUGAAAGAAUUCUAAGACUACAGAAAGCACAUGCUCGAAAAAAUGAAAAGAUGGAGUUUAUGGAGGAUCACAUUAAACAUCUAGUGGAGGAAAUCAGGAAAAAAACAAAAAUUAUUCAGAGUUACAUUUUGCGGGAAGAAGCUGGUGCACUGUCCUCAGAGGCCUCUGACUUCAACAAAGUACACCUGAGUAGGCGGGGAGGGAUUAUGGCAUCUCUGUAUACAUCUCAUCCUGCAGAUAGUGGUCUCACGUUAGAACUUUCCUUAGAGAUAAACAGAAAGCUGCAAGCUGUGUUAGAAGAUACAUUGCUGAAAAAUAUUACACUAAAAGAAAACCUUCAAACCCUAGGAACAGAAAUAGAACGGCUUAUUAAACACAAGCAUGAACUAGAACAGAAAAUCAAGCAGACAUAACUAAAGCUUCUGUGGAAUAACUGGCAUGAAGAUACUGAAAAGGCAGGUGCUACAGACCACUAUUUUUUAACAUUUUUCCUGAAAUUUGAUUGCCUGCCAGCACAAGCAGUGUUUUGUGUCCACAGCCUUUAGUCAUGCGGGCUAUCCUUACUUUGAGAGAUCUUCAGGGUUUGGCAUCCGUGUAGUUCUGUCUACCCAAUACCAGCCUGAGGUGUUGCUGAAUUUUACUACACACUACAUCAAUCUAAAACUUUUAUUUGGAAUGACAUACAGAUGCUUUGCAGUGCAUACUGUGUUUUGAGUGAGUUGCAGUGAGACUUUCAUUUCUGCGCUGUGUAAUUAAUCAGUCUCUUAAUGAUGGAGCUUGAAAAAAUAAACCAAUUAUGUUUUAAAUGCUGUUGAACAUAUCUAAUGUUACUGAGCUUUAAGGGCUUUCAGACAUUAUUUCUUUUCUUGCAUAUUAAUUCUGAUAUUUAGAUUGAUUGAGCAUUUUUGACAAAUGCAUGGAAAAAUGCUUUGUCACAAAAUCUGUUUUUUGAGUGAUCAUGAUAUUGUUUAUUUUCUGUAUUGGAUUAACAUUCAGCUAAUCGAUUUCUUCAUUGACAAGAAGUGAAACAACAGUAAAAUUAAGGGUUUAAGAGACUUUCUGAUGCAGUUGUUAAGUAUGUGUAACAUAUCAAUUCAACAAAUCCUGUUGCCCCCAAUCUUUAGACAUAUAGAUCCAAAGAAGUCUGAUCUCAGAUAAUUGUUAAAAGUUCUCCAGCAUUCUGUGUAUUUAACAGCAUUUUAAAAGAGUUCAGCUGCCCGCUGUUACAUUGUGGUUGCAUCUGUUUUCAGAUGAAGGAAAAAAAGCUAUAUUCAAAUAGAAGCUUACUGAGUUUUCCCAUUAGCUGUGCAUAGAGCAGCCAGUGGAAGUGAUGGUAAGAAGUGGAACAUAUGCCUUGUGGGAUUUCAGUCUGUUGACUGGACUAUAAAAAUGGCACAGAAAUGAUGUGACUCCUUAAUUUUACUGUUGUGAAGAAUUAGGUGGUCAUUGUAGCAUGAACUGAAAAUGGUUUAAUUCUUUGUGUCUGAGAUGGUGAUAGUAGAAGAGGAUCAAGGUGACAAGGUUCUGGUUUCACAACAUCAUUUCAUGUUUUAAUUCCAGGAUAAGUAAUUUACAGAAUUUGAAAUGUCUAUUCCAGCAGUAGAUGCAUUAUUAGUGCAUUUAUUGCCUUUUGACCAAAAUGUAUUGACCAGUUCACACUGUAAAUACAUAUUUUGUUUUUUCUUAAUUACUUGAACUUCCUAUUAUGGAAAAAAGGUUGUGUACAUUUAUAUGCUACAGCAUUCACAUGCUCUAGCUAUUUGAAUUAGGGCACUUUGGGGGGGGGGGAGGAAGUGAGGGGGAAUCUGUCUUACUCCAUGUACAGUUUACAUCAUAUACAAAACAAGGGCUUGAAUCCUGCAGCAUACAGGGAGGGGAGUUUAUGAAAGCACCUCAUGUGCCACUGAGUCACUUGAGCGUUGUAAUGAACCAAAUUGAGCAGAAACAGCACACUGUGUAGUGUGAGUAGAUGGUACAGGAUGGUGAGACUUCCUGUUUACGUCAAAGAAUGGGUAUUUCUGAAAGUGCUUGCAGGCUCAAGACCCACUUUGUGGUCCAGAGAGCUUCCAGGGGUCUUUGGAUAGCUGGUCCCUUCACUGUCAGUGGAUUAUGUUUAGAAAUGAGGGAGCGGAAACCAAUGAUUUAGGUUCUCAUGAGCUUUGGAGAAACUGUGGACCCUUUUAAUCUGGGUGGGUUUUUAUGCAUACAAAUAUAUUUUUUUAAACUCCUGAGAGCAGUGGUUGUGCAAAAUGUUAGGGAAUUUUUACCAGCACAGUCAAGGGACUACCUCUGCUUUACUGUCACUUAAGUGAUGUAAAGAGGAAAAUUCCUGUCUCUGCUGGAACAGACUUGUCACCAACUUCUGGGAAGCUGACAUCUAAUCCUGAGCAAACAGGCAGUUGGUCUCAGCUGAACUAGACCUUCUGCUGAAGGAAAGGAUCUCGAAUGACCAAUUUGCAUGUCAAGACAGCUUAGCUCUUGUAUGCUUCCAUUUUUGUGCUCUGAUGUACCAGAUCUCUGGAUGUUUUCAGGUGUUCAGCUGAAUGACUCCAGUAUUUUAGAUACCAUGUUAAUACUGUAAUCAUUUAAUGUAUGUUCUUCAGAUGUAAAAUGUGAAUGAAGGAGAGGUGUGGUGCAGAUGGAACAAGUGCAAUGACAUUGUGGAAACUUUUAUUUCUUUUUGGCAUGGUUGUUUCUCCUUUUAAGUUAUUUUAGAACCCUAGCUAGUUGUCCUGCUAAAUGCUGCUUUCUUUCUGUAGCACUAGUAACUUUCCAGACUUUUCCCCCCUGGUUGUGGAGACAGAAAGCAGCCUAAAUUUCACUUCACUUACUGUGCUGCAUAAGGUAUUCACAUGGACCAAAGUCAUCUUCUAGAGGCUUUAUUUUAAACAUACCUGUUAGAGAUGGAAAUUUCAUUGUAGUUCACGCAUUGGCAAAUGAUUCUAUAUACAGUUAGCCCAGAAUACGACAAAUACAUGAUGGAGUCAGCCAGCAACUUUGCUUAAUGAUGUUGCUCAUUCCUGAGAGCCAGUAGUGUAUUAUCCAUGUAGAUGUUGCCAGGCCAGCUGCCUUUUAUUUUGGUGGGGUAAAUUACCAGCAGUGUAAUAUUGCUCAACACAUAUCACAAGAACACUUCUGAAAAGGUGUGUUUCUGUGGGAUGGUUCACAUAGGUGAACAGCAGUGGGUGCAAGGCUUGUUUCAUUACAUUUCACUUGCACUUUUUUGGCCACUAUUUAUAUCAUGAGCCAGAGAUAGAAAAUUGUCCUCAGAUUAAAUUAAUUUUGCUGGUGAACCAGUAAGCUAAUUUUGAAGACAGCCUGGAGCAGUUAGCUUACAUAUCUGUCACUGAAAUUCAGUGUCCAUCAGAUGUGUGAUUGCCACAGGCUUCGUCUGAAAGUUCCAAGCUGGUAGCUCAUUGUAUCCUACCGCCUGAAACAGCUGUUUCCUAAAUACUCAGGGUGCUCCUUUAAUUGAAACAUCACACAUCCAGAUGUUCUUAGAGGUCCUGCAGGAAGGCUGCUGAUGCUUUUCUACCCUCUGCAAAAUCCCUCACUGUUGUCUAAAGCUAUAUCCUCUGUACUGGAGAACACUAUUUUGUGCAGUAGAAAUCAUUUCAGUCUCCAGAAUGCAAUGGAGAUCAGUUUCUUCCUCAAAUAAGCUCUCCUUCACUUGUUGCUGGCAACACCUGUGCUAUCUCCAGCUACUAAAACUGAAAUUUAUGCUUUUGAAAUAGCUUUCAUUACAAGAUUUUAGUUCUUAGCUAAAAAUUAAAUAAUAGCAUAUUUCUGGCUUCCACUGAAUUGACUGUAAAGGUGAGCCCGUAUGCUGCAGGGAACCUGCAGGAAUCCAGGGAGGCGUUCAGAGCUCAAAGCCUGACAUGUCCUUUAGGAAUGUAUGGACUUGGAUCCUUCUGGCCGAGUAUAAACAACUGUGAUGGGAAAUGCCAACGGUAGGUGGCGCUAGAAAUCAGAUUUACCCUGUCUCCACAACCACCUGCAACCUUUUCGGGGGGCAGACAGCUGAGCUGCAGAGGAGGGAGUUGGGUGGCAUUUAAAGCUUUUCUAAGAUGGACGGCGUUUCUUUCCCAUUUUCAUCUUCUAACUGAAACUAUGUUAAAUCUUCCAAUAUAUAUACGUAUGUUGUCUGAGUAUACAGAGUGUCUAUUGAUUAAAUUUUGUAGAUACUUGUUUCUGUAUAAAGUUUUUGAAAAUAUCACUAUACAUUCUGUAUAUACUGUACUUUGAAAUAAUAAACAUACAAACACAUGAAAGUUGA